AUGAGACAGCGGCUAUUCUCUCUCUCUCCCUCUCUCCCUCUCUCUCUCUCUCUCUCUCUCUCUCUCUCUCUCUCAGUACCCUUGCUGACUUCAAAUUUACCUAAACUCUGCCUCCGACCAUUUCUUUCCUCUGCCUUCCACUAUUCCGUUCCUCUGCUUUCCACCCUUCUAUCCCCCUGCCUUCAACUAUUCCUUUCCACUUCCUUCCUCUAUUCCUUUCUUCUGCUUCCUGCUAUUCCCACCCUCUGCCUUCUACUAUUUCCUUCCUCUGCCUUCUACUAUUCCUUUCCACUUUCUUCCUCUAUUCCUUUACUCUGCUUCCCGCUAUUCUUAUCCUCUGCCUUCCACUAUUUCCUUCCUCUUCCUUCCACUAUUCCUUUCCACUGCCUUCCACUAUUCCUUUCCACUGCCUUCCACUAUUACUUUCCCCUACCUCCCAUUAUUCCUUUCCUCCUCCUUCCACUAUUCCUUCCCUCUGCCUUCCUCUAUUCCAUACCUCUGCCUUCCACCAUUCUGUUACCUCCCUCGAUGUCUCCUUUCUGUCUUGCCACUUUCCUCUAUUAUUUCCCUCAACUUGUCUCCAUUUCUUCCUUCUGUCUACCCCUAUAA